AUGCAUCACCCCACACUCUGUGCCGUGGCAGUUGCCCUGCUGUCUGCGCUUCCAGGAGCUCAGGCUGGUCUCUACUCCAAGAAGUCUCCUGUCUUGCAGGUGGAUGCGAAGAGCUAUGACAGACUGAUUGCUAAGAGCAACCAUACCUCUAUUGUCGAAUUCUAUGCCCCAUGGUGCGGCCACUGCAAGAACCUUCAGCCAGCCUACGAAAAGGCUGCCAAGAACCUGGCUGGGAUCGCCAAGGUAGCCGCGGUGGACUGCGAUGAUGAUGCCAACAAGCAAUUCUGCGGUCAGAUGGGCGUGCAGGGCUUCCCAACGCUCAAGAUUGUCAGGCCAAAGAAGGGAGGUGGCAAGCCGAUGGUGCAAGACUACAAUGGCCAAAGAACAGCAAGCGGUAUUGUCGAGGCUGUGGUGCAAGCCAUGAACAACCACGUUGUCAAGGUUGAGGACAAGACCCUGGAUAAGUUCUUGGAUGACGAGAAGGACGCCCCAAAGGCUCUUCUCUUUACUGACAAGGGGACUACAUCCUCCUUGCUCAAGAGCAUUGCCAUUGACUUCCUCGACGUGAUCACAGUCGGACAGGUGCGGAAUACUCAGGCCAAGGCCGUGGAGAAGUUCGGCAUCACCAAGUAUCCCACCCUUAUCCUUCUGCCGGGCGGAGAUGCCCCGGCGGUAACCUACGACGGAGAGCUCAAGAAGGAGGCUUUGGUCACAUUCCUCUCGCAAGCCGGAGCGCCCAACCCUGACCCAGCGCCUGCUAAGCCCAAGGCUGCAAAGAAGGAAAAGAAAGCUGAGAAGAAGACUGAGAAGAAGACUGAGAAGAAGACCGAGAAGAAGGCCGAGAAGAAGGCCGAUUCAUCCGAGUCGUCAUCCACAGCCGAAUCCGAGUCCGAGGUUCCAACACAAGAAGCCCCCGUCAUCAUCGAGAAGGCCUUGCCCAUUCCCACCAUCAACUCCCAGGAGAAGCUGAUCAAAGAGUGCCUGACCGAAAAGUCUCACACCUGCGUCCUUGCCUUUGUCUCCAACAGCGAAAGCGACUCGGCCAAGAAGGCACUCGACAGCCUGGCCCAACUCUCCUUCAAAUACGCCCAAGGCAAGCGCAACCUCUUCCCCUUCUACGAGGUACCCACCAGCAUCAACGGCGCCGCCCCUCUCCUCAAGGCCCUCGAUCUCACCAACGAGGUGGAGAUCAUCGCCAUUAACGCUCGCAGGGGCUGGUGGCGCCACUUUGAGGGUGCCGACUUUGCGCACACCACGGUGGAGAGCUGGAUCGACGCCAUUCGUAUGGGUGAGGGUUCCAAGAAGAAGCUUCCCGAGGGCAUUGUAGCCAUCUCGGUGGAGCAGCCCACACCGGCUACUCCGGAGCCCGAGGCGGACCCGACUGCUGCGGACACCCCCGACGCGACUGAGGCCGCCACCAGCGAGGAACCCACUCCUCUCACUCCCGAAGAGAACGCCACUCGAGUUCCACCCGAGUCCUCCGCGACCGAGGCCACGGAUCCCGAACCAGAGUGCCAGACUGGUGCUGCCGAGCAGUGCGGGGCCAGGCCUGCCGCAGAGCAUGACGAGCUUUGA